CAAAGUUUUCCCUCUGCAUGAAAAUCACACAGCCGGCUAUGAUUCCAAUUCGCCGGCAACUCUCCACCUGAGCCAAAAACGGAGAGGAAGAAAUUGAGAAAAGAAAAAAGCAAUCUCUCUCACUCUGUCACUGAUAUUAAUUUCAUUGUUUUACUAGUUAUUGUUAGCCGUAACGCUAAGAAUUUUGUUUUCUUUUAAGAGACGAUUUGUGUUGGAGGUGAAUUUAGAAGGAAAAAAAUGCUGGAUCUUAAUUUGAGCGUGGGUUCAGCGAAUUCGGGCUCGGAUUCAAAGGGAACAGUGACGGAGAAGCUUCGACACUUCUCCGGAAGCCCGAAGGAGAGCUCCGGAAGCUUCAAUUCCUCCACAGUCAGUGCCGGCGACGAGGUCUCCACCUCCAACUACGACACCGCUUUCGCCUACAGCUUCAGCAUUCUCAAGAAUACCAGCGCCGAAGAGCUCGACAAGUGCAACCGUACCAUUCAGUUGUUUCCGGUUACCGGAGCAGGAGAGGAAGAGUCCGACGUGGCCAGGUCCGGGCUCGGGUUCGGGCAGUCCUUGAGGAAGGAGUGGCUGGAUCUCACCUCCAGUUACGGCGGAGUGGGCGCGAAGGAGAGGAUCGUGGCCCCGCAGCCGGAGGAACAGCCACAGAGACAGCAGGUGAGGAAGAGCCGGCGGGGGCCGAGGUCUCGGAGCUCGCAGUAUCGCGGCGUUACGUUUUACCGAAGAACUGGAAGAUGGGAAUCGCAUAUUUGGGAUUGUGGGAAGCAAGUUUACUUGGGAGGAUUUGACACUGCUCAUGCUGCGGCUAGGGCGUAUGAUCGGGCUGCUAUCAAGUUUCGGGGAAUGGAUGCUGAUAUCAAUUUCAAUAUCAGUGAAUAUGAUGAAGAUAUUAAGCAUAUGAGUAAUUUUACCAAGGAAGAAUUUGUUCAUAUCCUGCGUCGACAGAGCACUGGGUUUUCAAGGGGAAGCUCCAAGUAUAGGGGAGUGACAUUGCACAAAUGUGGGCGAUGGGAAGCUCGAAUGGGGCAGUUUCUGGGCAAGAAGUAUAUAUAUCUUGGGCUAUUCGAUAGCGAGAUGGAGGCUGCAAGGGCAUAUGACAAGGCUGCCAUUAAAUGCAAUGGAAGGGAAGCGGUCACCAACUUUGAACCAAGCUCAUAUGAAGGGGAGAUUAUGGCUGAGGCCGAAAAUGGAGAAGGCAAUCAAAGCCUUGAUCUUCAAUUGGGAAUUGCUCCCCCAUCUUGUUCUAAUGGGGCAAUGGAGAACAUCAAUGCGAGCUGUCUUCAUUUUCAGCGUGGCUGCGAGGACAUGGCUAUUGAUAGAAGACGGAGGAUUGAGAAUUCUGCUUCGGCAACAGUUAGGGCUCAUCACCUUCAUGGACCUCCAAAGGCAUCUGAGCACCCUCCAGUCUGGAGUCGCGUGAAUUCUAGUUUCUUUUCUAGCCAUAAGGAAAGAGCAAUGGAGAAUAGGAUGGAAGUUGAUACCCUACCAAAUUGGUCAUGGCAAAUCCACAAUCCUUAUGGUGGGGCGACUCAAGUGCCUCUCUUCUCUGCUGCAGCAUCAUCAGGAUUCCCUUCAACAAGCACCACUUUGCCAUCAGCUGCUGUUGGUCAACAUCCCUUUCCAAAUAUAACUAUCCAUCAACCACCAUUUUUCGCCGUCAAUCACCCUCACCACCAAAGUAUCCAAUUUCCACUGCAGGAGCUGAAACCAGUACCAGGAAGAACAUAGCAACAACCUGGAAAUCUUCCAUUUUGUCUUGAAAGCAGAAGAUGGGUAGGCAAACUAGGAAAAAAGAAAAGAAAAGAGUGGUAAAUGAAUUUGUUGGUUCCGGGGCAUUUUUAGAUAUGAAUAUAUGAUCCAAUAGGUUGAUAAUCUUUUGUUCCAUGUAAAGCUUAUCAAACUUAAGCACCUUAUAUAGACUGGUCGUAUUGGUUAUAUAUUUGGAUAUCUUUGCCUCCACAUAUAUAUGACUAGUCUUGUGUUGCAUCAAUGUUCUGCGCAGGCUUCCAAUGUAUGUCAUGUGAAAUGAUUUCAAGAGAAAAUAGUCUCACUUCAAAAUGUU